AACACAGAGACAAAAAGGGAAAAUAUGUGUGACCGAACUAGUUGAGAUGGCAUGAGUGGGCCCACCAAUCCCCUAAGACAUGUCUUGCGCUGCUCUGCAUAUAUAUAGAUCACUUCACUUUUACUACUAUAUUAUUCAAUUCUCUUCUGUGUCUGGGGAAUCUCAAUCGUGCGAGUGCGUAUCACGCGCCGGCACUCUCUCCGAUUAGGUAAAAUGGCGGGUAAUUCAAAUACACGAGAAGGAAAAACCAUUAUGGUUCCAAAAACUGAGGAUUUGGAUUAUGAGUUGCCACCUUAUACUACAUUUUCAGGGGAUGUUGGAGAGGCCAAUGGUGCUAGCUCGUCUGGAGGCAAACUGCGAGCAUUCUUUAUAGGAAUGGGAUUCCUACCACGUGUCGUUGAUAAAGUGAUUGAGGAGAAUGGUAUAUCAUGUGAAGAAAAUUCUGAAACUUUACUAGAGGCCCUCUUAAGAUUUUCUGCUCACAAAUCCAAUUGUGACUCUUCUGAUUCUUUGAGUGGUUUUCACAAUACAAGCAGUGGUACACGGGCCCCGAAUAUUUAUCACGAUGGUCACUUUAAAGAGGCUCUUCAAAAAUCAAAUUCAUUGUCUUCUGAUUCUCUGGAUAGUUUAUUUGAUGAUAAGGAUCUUCCAGAGGUUUCCAAUGUCAACCAAGCAAAAGAGGAGAUCGAUGAACUUAACAGAGACAUUGAUGAUAAAAGAGGUUCCUUAUUGAUGAUGAACUUCUCUAUUGAGGAAGUUGAAUUUGCAAUCCGCAAGCUUGGUGGUGAAGCAUCAAUUCCUGAGCUGGUGGACUUCAUCUUUGCUUUGCAGAUUGCUAAAAAGUUGAAAAAGGAACCAGAAGAUAUCACCUACGAGAGCGAUGAGGUCAGCAAUGAAAAGCUCUUUGGAAUUAUGGCAAAAACACUUCAAUUGUUUGAAAUGGGUUUCUCUGAGAAUGAAGUAUCAUCGGCAAUUGAUAAAUUAGGUACCGAGGCACCAAUAUCUGAGCUUGCAAACUUUAUUUUUGCUGAACAAAAUGGUGUCGAUUAUGUGAUGGAAUAUAAGUUUCCCACCACUCCUGCUUAUUCUGUGGGGAUCAAAGAUGAACCAGAUUUAGAUUUAUGUGGUACAACUGAAGUGAAAGCUGAGAACUUUAGCCAUGAUCCCCCACAAUCAAGCCACGCCAAUGUAGAGGAAAUUCACGAUGAUACUAGGGUGAAAGGCGAAGAAGGAAUUGAUGAAUUUCCCAACAACGUUUCUGACCAAUAUUCGAAUUUUGUGGAGAAUGAGAGAGGUAAAAGGCCCAAGUAUGAACAUCAUGAUUCAAUCUCUUAUCUUGAUCCCUGUUUGGUGGAAGAGAGGGUUGACAGCAUUGUUGCUGAACUGUCAAAACGUCCCAAACCAAAUCCACCUAGGUGUCUUAGUAGUGUGGCCGCUAAGCCACCAUUUUUCUUAUUUGGAAAUGUUUCAAGUAUAUCCUACGACUCAUGGGGAAAGAUGUCUCAGUUUUUAUAUGGUAUUGAACCUGAAUUUGUGAAUACUCAGUCCUUUUCUGCUUUGGACAGAAUAGAAGGUUAUAUACACAAUCUCCCAGUUGAAAACAGGUUCCACAUCCUUCCAAAGCCUCCUAUGACUAUCGAAGAAGCAAUGCCACGGACAAAGAAAUGGUGGCCACCUUGGGAUUCAAGGAAGCAGUUGAGUCGCAUCUAUUGUGAAACCAGUGGAGUAGCUCAAACUUGUGAUAGACUAGGAAAUGUUCUAGCUGAUGCAGGUGGAGUGCUCACAUAUGAAAUGCAGAAAGACAUUAUUCGUUAUUGUCGUGGGUUGAAUCUUGUGUGGAUUGGCAAAUUCAAACUGGGUCCUGUAGAGCCUGAACAGUUGGAGCUCAUUUUAGGCUACCCUUCGAAUCACACUCGUGCUGCUGAGGGCAAUUUGGCUGAAAGGCUUAAAUCACUGAAAUACUGCUUCCAGACAGACACAUUGGGGUAUCAUCUUUCUGUGUUAAAGCCCAUCUUCCCUCAUGGAUUGACAAUGUUGUCACUUUUUAGUGGUAUUGGUGGGGCAGAAAUUGCCCUACACCGGCUUGAUAUUAAAAUAAAAGCUGUUGUCUCAGUUGAGACUUCUGUGCAAAAAAGGAAGAUUCUUGAGAGGUGGUGGCGUCAAUCUGGGCAAACUGGGUCUUUGGUUCAGAUUGAAGAUAUUCAAAAGCUGACUAGUAAAAAACUUGAGGGUCUAAUCAGUAGAUUUGGUGGUUUUGACCUGGUCAUUUACCAGAACCCAUGCUCUUACUCAAGUUCCAGGCUUCAAACAGGUGCAGGUCUCUCAGCCCUUGAUUUUUCAGUUUUUUGUGAAUGUGUUCGUGUCCUGCAACGUAUAAGAGGCUUGUGUCAAAGGAAGUGAGCCAAGUGACUCGCAUCUAUCUUUUCUAUCUUGUAGAAAAUUAUGUCAUUCAAUGGAUGUCAUGUGCAGUUCUUAUCUGAACAUUUUCCUGUUGUAUAUGUACUUCUGCACUAUAAAUUUCAGUCAAGGGAUUUUGGUAGUA